AUGUCCGAGAUCACCUCCAUGUUUGGUUCUCGACUCACCUCGGCGUACAACUCCCUUCGAGGUGAGCUGGGAGCUCCUCAAGGGGCGGUCGAGACGAUCGACAAGCUGGUGGAUAGGAUACAGACCAGCGCAGCGGUAGAGGAUAGAAGGACUGCAGUGUUGGGUCUCAAGGGGCUGAGUAGGGAUUGGCGAGAGGAUGUUGGGACUCGCGCUAUGCCUUCGCUCAUCGCUGUGCUGCAACAUGACGCACCGUACGACACGGAUAUCGCCAAAGCGGCUCUGGAGACGUUGAUGCAGCUGUGCGAGGUACCCGAGAAACCAGGAAAGGAUGACCUUGGACUGCGAUUCGCAGAUGCCUUUUUGGAGACUCCCGGCCCGCUACACUCCCUUCUCGCCCUAUUGUCCACCUCCCCGUCGUUCUACCCCCGAUUCUAUGCUCUCCAAUUCCUUGCUCAACUGUUUGCCAUUCGAGCUACCAAUGCCCAAGCAUACAUCAUCUCCGCGCCUCCACCAGGCGUCGAAGGUAUACUUGGUGUGUUGGAUCCACGAGCUCCUCAGUCCCAACCCAGUGGAGUCGGCGGAGGCGCGGGUGAAAUGCUCCGGAACGAGGCGUUGUUGCUUCUACCCACCAUGCUGGCGAGUAAUCAAGAUCUCCAAAAGAUCGUCGCAUUCUCCGGGGCGUUUGAAAAGUUGUUCGAAAUCAUUGAGCAGGAGGGAGGUUCAGAUGGUGGAAUCGUUGUCCAGGACGCCUUGACGGUCAUCGCCGGGCUGAUCCGACACAACGUGUCAAAUCAAAACUACUUUCGCGAGCUCUCUCUCAUCGCCUCGAUCCCCCCGAUCCUCGGCUUCCCAGCUCAGCUACCUCUCGACGUACCUGCACCAGACGAGACCGCCCUGCAGUUUUGGCCAGAGCAAAAGAUUUACAAUGCAAGCCUGGUCAUUGGGAUCGUCCGCAUGUUGAUCGGAGGUCCAGGAGGAGGCAAUCAGUCCGCGAUGGCCUCCACAGGCGUCACGCGGUGCCUUCUCGAGCUCGCCCUAGCUUCCAACGCCACGUCCACAAUCAAGUCCCAAGCCCUCAACACCCUCACACCGAUUCUCACCUCGUCCAUUCCCAAUCAAAACCUAUUUGCGUCCCUUCACCUCGCCCCGCUUGUCCCCGUCCAUGCGGACCUCGAGCAUCCAAAUGGCGGAUUCGUUCGACUUUCUCCUAGACCAGCAGUCGUCGCUCUCGUCGCUUUGGUCGUCGAUGGCGACCCCAGUGCAGGCGGUCGCGGCUUGCAAAGCCGUGCAGCGGGUGUGAACAUGUUCGAGGCGUUUGUCAACGGCAACGACGACGCCCGUAUCGACAUCCUCACCUCCAUGACGGCGCAACCUAUGGCCGCUCACUCUGACGCCCCGCAAUCCGCAGGCGCCAUCAUCCUCUCCGGUCUUCUCGACCUCCCAUCAUCCCCCGACGCCCCAUUUGACCCCUACCGCCCACUCUUCGCCUCACUCCUGCUCUCCCACCUCGUCCGGAACUCUGAGCACGCCAAAAAGAUCGCCCGGGAGGUCGAUCCAUCCGUCAGCGACAGUGCACUCGAGGACGACGAGGACAAGACGGGAUUGGUUCAGCUCGUCGUUGGUAACUUGAUGAUGGCAGCGCGGGAGCAGACGGAAGCGGUCAACCGCGCGGCGCGAGAAGGCAAGCCCAGCGACGAGGAGGAGUGGACUCGGGUCAUGGUUGGGUACCUCGUCUUGCUCUGCACCUGGCUCUGGGAUAGUCCAAAAACGGUCAAAGAGUUUCUGAGCGAAAGCGCCAACCUCCAGGUCUUGAUCCAACCGAUCACUCAAACCACUGGCAUCGAUCCGUUAGUCCAGGGCCUCUGUGCAUUCCUCUUAGGCGUGUGCUACGAGUUCAACCGGGAGCCAGGGGAGAUCACUCGUGGGACGCUGCAUCCCAUUUUGCACUCUCGAAUCGGGCCCGACCAGUUUGUCUCCCGCAUGGCCCGACUCCGAGAAGACCCUCGGUUCCGCGCGGUCCAACCCGAAUCAUUCGAGCAGGACCCGACGCAGCUCGACCCCGUCGAAGAUCUCGAUGACCUCGAGCUCUGGUUCGAUUGGGCUUUCGUGGACUUUUGGAAGAAUCACUAUUACACCAUUCAACGGUCCAUCGCUAUUGAUCCGGAUGCGGUCCGGGGACCAACGACCGCCUCGGACGAUGGAGAGACCGCAGCCAUCAUCAUGACCCUGAGACAAAAGCUCAAGGCGCAGACGGACGAAGUGGUUCAAUUGCAGGCGAAGCUCGCGGCGUUGGCCAAUGAGCACAGGAAGGAGAAAGAGACUCUCGUCGCAGAGGUUGAGUCACUGUCUGAGCAGGUCGCCACGCUAUCCACGUCACUGCAGACUGCCGACUCCAGUCGCUCGACACACACCGCGGAACUCGACAAGCUGCGCGGAGAGCUCGAGACGGAGCGACAAAAGGUCUCAACGUCCGAAGCGAACAGCGCGGAUCACGCCAACACCCGUGCCGAGCUGGAAAAGGCGCAAACGAGAGUCGAAGAGCUGGAAAAGAGUCAUGCAGAGGACAAGUCGAGCUGGGAAGAAAGACACGCCGAGACGGAAGCUGGAUCCUCGAGCCUGAAGAAGGAAAAUGACCAACUCAAAUCACAUUCCGAUGCCCUAUCCAAGCAGCUCUCCGACUUGGAGACCCAGCUCGCAGAAGAAAAGACUAAACGAGAGGAUGGCGAGAAAGAGCACGAGGACCUCCUGGUGCUCCUCGAGGAGUUGAGUCAGAAGCGCCGCAAAGACAAGGAGCGGAUGAAGGAAAACGGAAUGGAGGUCAGCGAAGGGGAAGACGAGGAUGAGGAGGAGGAUGACGACAACAACAACGAUGGCGAAGAGUAG